AUGGCAGUCGACUUCUCCAACGAGUCGCCGCUGGCCGUCCAGCUGCAGAACCUGGUGCAGCCCAAGCUCGCCGAGUUUGGCUGGACUACGGGCGGUGACGACACGACGCUGUUCGAGUACAUCCUGCUCAUGCUUGCUAACGACAAGAAUGAGGCACAGGUCGCUGCCGAGCUCUCCAACGAUCUGCUCGACUUGGGUCCCGAGAACACAGAGACGCAGCAGUUUGCGCAGUGGCUAUUCGAGCAGAUUGAGAUUCUGAAGCGGCAGUUGAGCGCUGGUGAGGCACCGGUUGCGCAAAGUGUCGAGACCCAGAUGGAGGCCCCCCAAGAGGCUGAGGCGAGCGGCGGAGACAUGGAGAUGGAAGGCAACGAUUCACAGGGCACCAUCCCCACUGGUCCAAAAGCAAUGCGCAACGGCAGCAACGCACAACCAUCACGACCGGCGCGCGGUGGGCGCAACAUGCUCAACCAGAUGAACAAGAACAUGAACCGCCAUGACGACUCGGCCUUGCAUCGCGUGCGCGGCGCCGGCGGAGGUGUCGGUCGGAUUAACUCACAUGCUCGCGACCCACCCAAGGGCCCCCGUGGCCAGAACCUUGGUCGCGGUAUCGAGGCCAUGGCCAACGGUCGAGGCAUGGCUAACGCGAACAUGAAUAUGGGCGGUAUGAACAAUAUGAACAUGGGCGGUAUGCCUCCAAUGCCUGGUAUGCCUCCCAAUGGUCAGCCAGUGCCUGGCAUGUUGAACCCGCAACAACAAAUGGCCCUGAUGCAAAUGUAUGAGCAGCAAGCGCAAAUGAUGCAGCAAAUCUUCUCUGGCGGCAACCCCACGGCUUUUGUCAACCCCAACUUCAAUGGUGGAAACCACCGCAACGCAUCCAAGAAGCCACUGCAUCAGCGCAUGGACCGGCCCCAGGGCGGCAGAGGCAUGAACCCAAAUGCAAAGGCCUUUGUCAAGAAGGACGGUCAAGAUGAAACCAUGGGUGAAGGGCCCGCAGCAGAGAAUGGCGAUGGUAUGGAGAUUGAGCACACGCGGCCAGAACCUUCAGCCACCAUGUGCAAGUUCAACCUCCGAUGCUCCAACCCAGACUGCGCCUUUGUUCACCAAUCGCCUGCCGCCAUUCCCGGAACACCUGUCGACAUGAAGGACACGUGCGACUAUGGCGCCGCGUGCAAGAACAAGAAGUGUGUUGGAAAGCAUCCUUCACCAGCACAGCGACAAAAGUUCCAGUCGGAGCAAGAAUGUGCCUUUUGGCCCAACUGCCGCGAUCCUUCGUCUUGCCCUUAUAAGCAUCCUACCAAGGCCCCUUGCAGGAACGGAGCCGACUGCACCGUCGAGGGCUGCACAUUCGGCCACAGCACCGUCAUGUGCAAGUUUAACCCCUGUCUGAAUGUACGCUGUCCGUAUAAACAUGCGCCCGGGCAGAAGAAGAACAGUACGAACGUAUGGGUCGCUCCCAAAGAGGGCGAGCACGUCAGCGAGAGGAAGUUUAUAGAUGAGAACCAACAGGAGGAGCUCAUCAUUCCUGGCCAGAACCAGACUGAGAAUGAGAAUCAGAAUCAGGUCCAGGGCGGGGAGCCGGCGGCGGUAGGAUCAUAG